AUGGUUUACGACUGGGAUGGGAAACGCGAAAUAUGCUAUCAAAUGUAUAUUAGAGACAAAAAAGCGUUGGAGGAGAUUAUGGAUUAUAUGAGGAACGUUUAUCAAUUUUCUCCAAGUAAACGUGCAUUUCAAACUCAAUUCAAACGAUGGGGAUUUCCUUCGAAACAGAAUCCAGCACACAAAAACGUCCAACUCGUCGCACGCGUUAAAUCACUAUGGGAAACAAACACAAGCCAGAGAGAUAUGCUCCGAAUUCUCAAUGAAGAGGGCUUUGAGAUCAAAGAGCGUGAGUUGAUGCGGGUUCGCGCAAAAAAUCGUUGGUUACUUCGAGUUCCGAAUGGGAUGAAAGCACAGCAGGCCGCCCUAGGUCCUGCGCAACCCGCCGAAGACGACGGCCUCCUCGCGUUACAGCAAGAGGUUUACAAAAGUCCAAAUCAGUACGAAGAGGCCGAAGCCCUUCCGCCCGACACAGUCGGUCAGCGUCCUUUGUCGCCAGGCUUGUCAGCUGAUGUAGUCGCCAAACGCAAAGAGCGGCUCGAGAAAUUGAAGGCAGAAAGCGCAGAACGCUGGGCGUCCAGGAAGCGUCGCAGGCGCACCAGGGGGUGGGCUGGGUUGCCGGCCGAUCCGCCAGGCCCUCCACGUUUCCCUUCAGAGACAACUAUUGACGAAAGCAAAAAGUAUCUCAAUCUCGACAAUGCCGCAUAUCGUGAAGUCAGAGACCACUUCCAGAGGAUUUGUGAAAAGGCAGGCUUCAUCAAAAAGACUGUUGCCGGGCCUGAAAAAUGGCAAGAGGCAAAAAAUACGCUGAUCCAAGAAUCCGAGCAUCUUCAGCGGGUAUUUUGGGAGGACUCUAGCCAGCUGGAAGCCAAAUCUCUUGCCCUUGAUAUCGUGUGCACGGACGUCACGAAACGUAUGAGGACACUAGAAAGGCGCAUGACCAUCGCCGAGGCCAAGAAUGCACUCGGAAUCAACCCAGAAGAGAGUCGGCAGAUACGCAACGCCUUCUAUAAUACGCUCAAGCAGGAUCACUUCACGAGUAAGCUGGAAGCCGGCGAUGAGCACUGGAAAGAGCUCAAGGAGCAAUGGAUUCAAGGAUCGGACCUGCUUCAGCGCAUUCUCGCUCCGGGUUCGGCGGAUCCAGAGCACGCUACGAAGCUCAAGGCGCUAGAAGUUUUGUGCCGCGAUGUAAUGAAAAGACUUCGCGAUGAUCAAACCAAGAGAGAUUCCUCUCGCAAGCGACAAGCUCCUUCUACUAACAUCCACGUUCCCGACACAACAAACACCGACAUUAUAACCCCAUACGACAACGGUAUAUCAAAUGGCAUCAGCACGCUCGCGUCUCAAGCUCUCGCAAGUGCGCCAAUUUCCUCUGGUGACCUGGGGGAUAUGCAAAUUGAUCCAUCGCUUUUGCAGGCUGCGAAUGACACAACAUUUGCCGCAGCUACACACCAUCCAGAAACUACGUUUGAAUAUGUGGACCCAAUGUUAGAGUCAAGUAUCGUGCCUAUCUCGGUCUAUCUCCGUAUCAGCCCAGAAAGCGCAGUGUAUGCGGACUCCAAGGCAUGGAUUGCAAAGCUGUCAACCAGAUCUCUUGCGGAGCUACGGCAGCUGGUUUCUGCCAAGUUUCCUGGCACCGUGGUUGGCAAAAUUGAGGCCUGUGACGCGGAUACGAAUGGUAACAGCGUCACAUUUGCUAUUGACACCGAUCACGAACUUUACGGGUAUCUGAGCCAUUUCCAGGGACGAAAGGCGACGUUUCUGUUUUGUUUGAGCCAAUGA